CUCCGUGGAAGAGAAAGCGGAAGAAGCUCCAGUAAGCUAAUGUCGAUACGCAGCUAACAGACGUAACUUUUCAGGUAAAACUACGUCACUGUUUUUAUUUAUGAAAUGACUCGGUGUGUAUGAGUCGGGUGUUUUGUUCAACAUGGAGAAAUUUGGUAUGAGCUUCGGUGGAGGUCUAAGCAAAAAAGAACUGCUUGAGACCAUUGAAAGUCAAAAGAAGCAGCUCAUCCAGUACCAGGCCCGCUUCAAAGACCUUGUUCAGGCCUACAAGAGUUUACUGAAGGAGAAGGAGGCACUGGAAGCAAGCCUGAAAGUCCUGACUGUGCAAUGCACAGGGCCCACUGAACCUGCAAAAGAUUGUGGUUCACUUCACAGUGAAGACAGUCUCGACAAUGCUGAAUCAGGUGUUGAAAGUGUGGUGACUAGCAGCAGCAGUCAGAGUGAUGCAGCAGAUGAGGAUCAGGUUGGUAAUGUUGAGGGUACCUCUGCGUUUCUGCAGUCAGACAAGAGUGAACUAGAGCAUAGCAUUAUUUCUAGCGGCAGUCCAACUGAGGAUCAAACUGCAGCUUCAACAAAUGCAGAAUUAGACCGCCGGGUGAACCAACUAAAGUCUCAGCUCUCUACUUUGACCACUUCCUUGGCCACAGUAACACAGGAAAAGUCUCGGAUGGAAGCCUCUUUCCAAGCUGAUAAGCGCAAGAUUAAGCAGGAGUUGGAGGAGGCUCGGGAAAAGGUAGAGGAAGAGCGUAACAAGCACCAGAUUGAACUCCAGGCUUUACAGGAGCAGCUAGCAGAGAGCAGAGCACGUGUGAUUAUGCAGCAACACCAGCACGAUCAAGAGCAACAUGACCAUGGCCACGUGAUUCGGGAACUCCAGAAACUUUUGCAGGAGGAGAGGAGCCUUAGGCAGGAUGUUGAACUUAAACUAGAGGAUGCUAGGAAAACCUUUGCAGAAACCAUGCAGAACAAAGACAGAGAGUUGGAGUAUGAAGCGCGGCUGAAGCAGGUUAAUGAGGAAUGUGAAACUUUGAGAACGAGCCUGCAGGUUCUGGAGGUUGAGAGGAGCAAACCUGAACAGCGUGUGCUGGAACUACAGCAAGAGAUUGCUGAUCUUAAGGUGGACUUUAACCAGCAGCAUCAACAGGAGAUCAGAAAGGUCGAUCAGGCAGAAUCCUGCUUAAAGGAGCUGGCACGGCUGGAGGAGCAACGUGUGGCGAGUCUAGAGGAGCGGAUUUCUGAGCUGUCAGGGUUGUUGGGUGCCUGUGAAAAGGCCAGGCAGAAGGACCAGCAAAGUGCUCAGAGGCUACGUGAGCAUAUCCUCCAGCUAGACACAGAGAACAAAGCUCUAGCCAUCGCGGCCAGCACUACCAGGACCACCUCGUCAGACCUAGGCAUUGAUGAAAUAAAUCUGGAUGUGAACACACUGAAGGAUAAGUUAGAGAAGGUGAAAAAGCUGUUGCAACUGGUUGCACAGAAAUCUCCAGAACAAAGAUUGGAAAUUGAGAAAAUAAUGGAGGGAGCAGGAGUAGGGCAGGAAGCAGAGAAGGUCUCAGUGCAGUAUUAUCAGCAAGAGCUGCGGCAGCUAAAGGAGGAAUUUGAACGCUAUAAAACGCGAGCGCAAGUUGUCCUAAAGAAUAAGAAUGGCAAAGACAGCGCACAAAUCAAGGAGCUUGAGGAAGCUCGGGACCAGCUAGCCGAACUAAAAGAAAAGUACAUCAACCUGCGUGUCCAGUCAGAUGAGGCCAUGGCGAUGCACAACCAGGAGAUUAAGAAGCACCAACAAGCACUGACUGCCCUUCAUCAGGCUCAUAAGCAGGACCUGGAAAGGCUGGAGGCUCAGCACAGAGAGAACUUCCUGCACCUUGAGGAAGAACUGCACAAGCAGAGGGAGCGCACUAUGGCGUUACUGGAAGAGAAGGACCUUGAGCUUGAAAAGUUACGAGCCGAAAGCAUCCAGGGACUGAUUGUAAGUGAUGUUGGAGCAGAAAGAGAAGUUAAAGGGGACAUAGAUCUCGAAACUGGCAGUUUCAUGCAUGAAGACUGUGAGAUGAUCUCUCAUACUCUGAAGCUCACUAGCCCCCAAAAAAACAAUUUGCUGCUAUAUGCUGAACAGCUGGCUCGAAAUGAUGUAGAAAUUUCUGCCUUGCGCAAACAGAAGCAUCAGCUGGAGGAAGGCUUGCAUCAACUACAGGCAAAAGUGUUUGCUAGUGAAGAGAGGCACAAGGAGGAGAUUGAUGAGUUGCGGGCACAGCUGGACAAAAGAAUUCGUGACCAGAGCAGAGAAGGUGCUAAUUUGGAAUACCUCAAGAAUAUAAUCUAUAGAUUUCUUACACUACAGGACUCUAAAGGACGUCAGCAGACACUCAUGGCCAUCCUUACCAUCCUACACUUUAGUCCUCAAGAGAAGCAGUCUGUCAUGAAGCAACAAGUGCAGAGCUGGUGGACACCCAGGAAAAGAUGAUGCAGUUUUGAUUUCAUGACAAUUUAUUUAUAUUCUACUUACUAGUUUCUUGUUACUUUUUAAGUAUAUUAUCAAUAUAUAAUGGAUAAUUGCUUUUUAUGUUCGGGAAAAGAGAGGAAACGUUUCAGUGCAUUCUGACAUUCCAAGAAUUCUGACAUUGUGAAUCUCUUCAGAUUGUCUAGAAUAUUUUCCAGCCAUUUAACAAUUAACAAAAACUUAGUACAAUCAGUUUAAUUAAAUUGAGGUUAUUAAACAUUAUAUUUAAAGUGUGUAUACAGUAUAUGCUUAUGAACACAAUUAAAGAAAAUGAGUCUGCUUUAAAAGAAAUCUGAGGGAAACCAGUGUUUGUGUGUAGUGCUCAGUAUUUUCUUGGUUAAUUAGAUUAUGGUCCUGAUGAUUUCAUACCAUUGCUAAGUAAAUGAAUAUUUCCUGCAGUCAUUCCAAUUAACAUUCCCAGUUAUUAUCCCUGUAAAUUAUUAAACCCUUAUUGGAGGAUCACCAGCUGCAAUGUUAUAGAGUCUCUAGCCACUAUUAACAAAUCAGUCAAAUAAUACUUUUCCUUUGAUACAGUUUGUGCGAUUACAUGCAUAGAAACCUCCAUUGUCCUCUUACAAUUACAUUAUGGUCUCCAAUGAAUUUUCUCACAGUCAUAAUUGGAACUUGUAUCAUGGUAGAAUGUCCUUUUUUGUAGUGUUACGUGUAGUGUUAAGCAAAUUAUGUCUGGUUUAACAAUUUUCAGAAUUAAUUAUUCAGUGCUUUACUAAACAUAAAUUUUAAAUCUUUGUUGAAUACAUAAAGUCCACAGUUUUUCUUAUAUGAGGAUUUUGUACCAUGACUGUGUACAAACACAGGAAACAUAAUACUUUUAUUUGAACACAUUGACAUUUUCUUUAAUACACUCAUACCUCAACAUAAUCCCUCAGUGCCUGCUAACAUUUUUAUGAAAACAAGAAGAAUAGAUAAAUACUUAAAAAAAAAAUACUUACAAGGGACAUUUGUCAGAUUUAUAACU